UUUUUCUAUGACUUAUCACGUAAUUUUUUCCGUACAUACUCUAUUCAAUAUGGUGGUUAUAUAUUAUGGUCCACUGGGAGACUGUUUUGGGUCAGUUCCUUUUGUUUGAUUGGCCUGGAGCUGACACACACACACGCACACGCACACGCACACGCACACGCACACACACAGAGAAAGCAGAGCUCAGAUAAGCCGUUCUGUGCCAAGAUCUCCUCGUGUGUAUUUUCCUGAGAAUCCAAGACAAACUCGCGGGGAGGUCUCUACCAGUGUGGGGUCAACAGCAGUAGAUAAAAGGUCCAUAAUGUUUUGGGGUGAAAGGUUAACGCAAACCUCAUUAUGAGCAGCCCCCCACCUGGCUCGACUUCCUGAAUAUUGUUCGUCAUUCACCCCACGCAACGUCUGUGAUCAACGCAUGAACUCAGCGUUGUGAAACAACUGGAGCUUUGGAGCAGCGCCCCUUUCACUGUUCCUCAUCCUGUGCCUUCCCCCCCCAUUUUUUUUUCUCUUUCCCCCUGACUGUCCCCCUCCUUCCCCUGCCAGCCCCCCCCAACCCCGAGCUCCUCCUCUGCUGAAAAGACACAUUUCCUGAUGUCAUUACUAAAUCAAAAUGCUGCUCGGCAAACAGAUGUUGUGAGAGGCCCAACAUGUGGAUCCAGUGAAAUAAAUGAACAAGCUGGUCAUGAGAAAACAUGAGCCAUGAAUUUCUUUCCCUUUUUUUUCGCCCUUCUUUUUCAUUCAAUCAAUGAAACCAUCCUUCUCACACACUGCUCUUUAAAGUGGUCAGUGAUGACAGUGAGAAACUACCUUGUAGACGAAGCACGCCCACAGGCUCCUCGUGACAUUAAAGAGCAAAACAUUUUCCCACACAUUUGGUGGAGACAUCAGCGUUUAAACAGCUGGUCAGCUGCGACUAACAGCUUGUGCCAGCUUUAGUCAAAUUAACCUAGAUAUGAAAUCAUGACUGUCUGCACAGCACACCCUGCAGAGUCACGAUUACAUCCACCCCAGAAUGCUAAAGCCCUAAAUGUUUACUUAUGUUUCCUAUUUGGCAGAGGUAGCCCAAAAGGCAAAUAAAUCACAUGCUGUGAGCUGGCCAGGCCUUCGACUGUGAGAAACUGAGACUAAAAAGCAGAACAAGAGUUAAAGAGUAAGGGUUUUCAGAUGUGAGUCCAGCCCAGCUUGGGUGUGCUCCCUUUUAUUUGGGAGAAUAGAGAGGACAAUCUCUCUUGCCUCCACCCCUUUAAAAAAAGGAAGAAAAGCCUAAAGAAAUGUGUGUUGGAGAGGGGAAGAGCUGCUGCCAAGGCACUGGGCUGUCAGACAGAUCUCUGAAGAACAUCUGGUAACCGCGGGUAACACUGUUUGGACAUCUGGUAACCGAAGGUUACACUGCGUCUCUUCCAUCCUGUUGGGUUUCCUGUUAUGCCUCGCCGUACACAGUCUGGGACGUUCAGGUUUAUUAUACAUGCUCAUCAGUCGGGGAAAGCGCACCUUUAUUCAUUUUUUUCUGACAUGAAUGGAGCACUUGGUUUCAUUGGGGUAUUCCUCUCCUUCCUCUGCGAUACCACGUAUGGAGAAUCUGCCUUACCAUUUGAUUGUGGGAACAACUCUGACUCGUGCAUGGACAUUUGUGGAUUCUGUCACGAUCUGUACCAAGGUCCAACAAUGACUUGCCUCUCAAUGCUGUUCAGCCAGUCAUGUCUCAACAAUUUUGAGAGUGCAAUGGUGUCACUGAAUAGCACGGACUGGUGCAUUUGGAGUAAGGUGAGAGGCUUGUACAGUAACCUAAGCCACUGCACAGAGAGGAAUUCAGACUGUCUCUUGAUCCCGUGGCCCAACCAGCUGGUGAAGGAGACCUUUGUGGACAUUCAUUACAGGUUCUUCAAGGACUGUCCCUCAGAGGAGCUAAGCGACCCGCCGCCAUUCAUCGUCUUUGCCCUGGUGAUCACGCCCAUCUGCCUGAUCCCAGCCAUGGUCGUCCUCGUGGUGCUCAAGACUAAGAACGGGGACGGCAGCUCUUGAUAGUCCUGAAAUCCAAACUCAAAGUCACUCAAGGGAAAACAACCUUUUUUGGACCGAUGCGCUCCCUUUUUCUCCCAACCUGCUACUCUCAUCACCAGGGAAGUUGCAGAGCAGCGACUGACAAGUUUACUUGAGCGGACAAAAGCAACAGAAAAAAAAAAAAAAAACUAAUCAGACAAACAGACAACUCUCAUUGUGAGUUAAUGUCAUACUCUGUGGCUUCACAGUAAUUGUUCAAUGACAAACUCCCGGGUGUUAUUGAUGUACUGUACUGUGUCUCAUUAACACUUUUUAAAAGAAGACUUUUCGACAAUAGCUUUGUUUUCAACUGCCCGACUGGGAAUCCGAACACUGAUGGUGUUGGUUACAUCCAAACUGGAUGCACAUGUUCGGAAAACAACUUCAUUUAAAAUGGAGAACUUAAUAUUCAGGUUUGAGUUGACAAGGGCUACAGAGCUUGCAAAAGGAAGAGUAAAAUUGUGUGUUGCCACUCCUUCAUUAUGUUGGACACCAUGUCAUUUCGUUGUUAAAGGUCCAGUGUGUAAGCUUGUGACAAAUGGAGGACUUCACUGUUUCCCAAAUGUUUCUCCGUUUGCGUUGUAAGCAUCCGUGUCAAAAUGUGAAAAACACACACAGGCUGUUUUUUGUCUGUACAGGCUGCUGUAAUGCAUUUUUUAUUUUUUUAUUUUUUAUUCUUUAAGCAAUUAUACACUAUACAAACAUACUUAUGUGUCGUAUAAUGAAUUUUUUUGUCAACAAGUCCUCCUAAAUAUUACACACCGGACCUUUAAAAGACCUUGUGAACUUUACUGUUUCGACAAUGUGCUGUAUAAUCUAUUCAGUUCAGGCUGAAGUGGAUUCAGGUAUGUGUUUGGCGGGUCAAUAGUGGCCUUAUGCGUGGAUGUGGAUGUGGAUAUUAGAGUAUGUGAGUCAUAGCAUAUGGAAGGUUAGGGGGUUCAGAGGUCACAGAUGGGACGAAAUGAAUGGGUAUUCGCCCAGACACAGAGGGGGGUGUUGAAUCUUUUUUUUCUGGUAUUGUCUAUCUUCUAACAGCCCUUUACUAUGUUCAAACAACGACUCAUUAUCAUAUAAUGAUGAGCUAAAUAAUAUAAAGUUCACCCAACAUAAUACUUGUUCAUGUCAGACAAAUGACAUUAAAUACAUUUGUCUGUGUAUCAAAGUGAGGAACACUGUGCGAUGACAGAAAAGAUAAGCACACGUUAUCUUUUGACCAUGAUCUUGAUACUGUGGAUGUGUAUUGUUAUGACGAUAUAGCCAUUGAAAAGCCAUAGAAAAUGUGUAUUUAUAUACUGUGUUAAGUUUCAGGACUCACUGUAUUGGCUGAGAGAGUGCUCUCACACCAUGUACAAUAUGUAUUUUCUUAUGUUUUAUACAAUUAAAUAAAUGACAGACGCAAUCUUUAAAUG